AUGACGACCUGGAAAAUUGAGCCCUGCACCGUCGCCGACGCCCCGGCCCUAGCGCGCAACAACAUGAGCGCCUUCUGGACGAACCCGAAUUGGAACCUCCUCUGGCCCAAGGACACCAAGCUCGAGUUCCUCAUCGAGCAGGUCACUGAGCGCAUGCCCAACAAUCUCAUACGAGAUCGCGCGACGCUGCGCCACCAAAAGGCCGUCGACCCGGAGACGGGGGCGCUCGUCGGCUACGCGCGCUGGGAGCUGCCGGCCGGGUACGAGGGGGCUGCUGAGUGGGCCGAUUCGCAAAUAGCGGACGUGAGCGAGGAGGAAAAGAUGGCGUUCAAGAAGCGGUCGGACGCGGCGUGGUGGGAGCCGAAGUCCAUGGAUGGAAUUGACGAUUGUGUGCCAGAGAAGACGCGCAUUCUGGCCGAGAAGCCAUACAUCAGUGAGUGA